UACGCAAAGGAUUAAAUACUUUAUAAUGAAAAUAACAUUGGACAACAAAUUCAAGUCUUUACUUCCAGCUAAUGCAUUGUUGUUCGUUAUAGGACAUAGUUUGCAUUGAGUUUACAGUGUCUAGUCCCUCUGCUUGGUCCGUGGACAGCAGUAUUUCCAGCCCCUCAGUGUGGUGUGGUGGUGUGUGUCUCCGGUGCUUGGUUGCUGGGAUUACUGGGACGUAUGUACACCAUGUAAUUAGCAGAGCAAUGAUGUAGAAGCAGUGUAGUAUGUUGCUCUAUAGAUUGACCUGGGGGCCUGAGUGACACUGCCUACGACUGUAGGAAUCGGAUUGAAUCAGUAAUCGUUUUUUAUUUCAGACAAUAUGGAGAGGUAUGUAUAGCCUAUUACUGCUUGUUUGAAUUGAUCACUCAAAUACAUUUUCCCUAAAAAAGAGCAAUAGUAGGUAUGAAGUGGCAUGUCUCUCUCCACAGCUUCAAGCUUCCUCUAUAUUUAUUCUCCCUUCUCGAUUGGGAUGAUGGAUAGUAAGCUACGCAUAGUAAGAUUGGGAUGAUGGAUAGUAAGCUACGUAUAGCAAGAUUGGGAUGAUGGAUAGUAAGCUACGUAUAGUAAGAUUGGGAUGAUGGAUAGCAAGCUACAUAUAGUAAGAUUGGGAUGGAUAGUAAGCUACGUAUAGUAAGAUUGGGAUGGAUAGUAAGCUAUGUAUAGUAAGAUUGGGAUGAUGGAUAGUAAACUACGUAUAGUAAGAUUGGGAUGGAUAGUAAGCUACGUAUAGUAAGAUUGGGAUGGAUAGUAAGCUACGUAUAGUAAGAUUGGGAUGAUGGAUAGUAAGCUACGUAUAGUAAGAUUGGGAUGAUGGAUAGUAAGCUACGUAUAGUAAGAUUGGGAUGAUGGAUAGUAAGCUACGUAUAGUAAGAUUGGGAUGAUGGAUAGUAAGCUACGUAUUGUAAGAUUGGGAUGAUGGAUAGUAAGCUACGUAUUGUAAGAUUGGGAUGGAUAGUAAGCUACGUAUAGUAAGAUUGGGAUGGAUAGUAAGCUACGUAUAGUAAGAUUGGGAUGGAUAGUAAGCUACCUAUUGUAAGAUUGGGAUGGAUAGUAAGCUACGUAUAGUAAGAUUGGGAUGGAUAGUAAGCUACCUAUUGUAAGAUUGGGAUGGAUAGUAAGCUACGUAUAGUAAGAUUGGGAUGGAUAGUAAGCUAUGUAUAGUAAGAUUGGGAUGGAUAGUAAACUACGUAUAGUAAGAUUGGGAUGGAUAGUAAGCUACGUAUAGUAAGAUUGGGAUGAUGGAUAGUAAGCUACGUAUAGUAAGAUUGGGAUGAUGGAUAGUAAGCUACGUAUAGUAAGAUUGGGAUGAUGGAUAGCAAGCUACGUAUUGUAAGAUUGGGAUGAUGGAUAGUAAGCUACGUAUUGUAAGAUUGGGAUGGAUAGUAAGCUACGUAUAGUAAGAUUGGGAUGGAUAGUAAGCUACCUAUUGUAAGAUUGGGAUGGAUAGUAAGCAACGUAUAGUAAGAUUGGGAUGGAUAGUAAGCUACCUAUUGUAAGAUUGGGAUGGAUAGUAAGCUACGUAUUGUAAGAUUGGGAUGGAUAGUAAGCUACCUAUUGUAAGAUUGGGAUGGAUAGUAAGCUACGUAUUGUAAGAUUGGGAUGGAUAGUAAGCUACGUAUAGUAAGAUUGCGAUGGAUAGUAAGCUACCUAUUGUAAGAUUGGGAUGGAUAGUAAGCUACGUAUAGUAAGAUUGGGAUGGAUAGUAAGCUGAAAUUCACAGAACUUGAUUUGUUUAAGUUGAAGUCACUCCUGGUUCAGGCAGCAGGAGGUAACAUAUGGCAGUCAGACAGGCCUAUUGUUGCUCUCCUAUUGCUCUGGCUGUUUCAGUGCAACUCAGAAAUCAGCCAGUGCUGAGGAUUGUCAGUUUGAGUUCAUCUGGGCUCUCUAGCAAACACACGCUGAGCGGCAGGCAGCUGAUUGAGACGGGACUCCUCUCCCUCCCUAAAUGUUCCAUCAACACCCUCACUGCUCCUCCCAGCCAUACUCUACAUGUCCAUUUUCCAUUUAGUAAAUGCUUUCUAAAGCAUUUUCAUAAAAAAGCAGUAGUUAGAACACAGCAAUGAAUUACAUUUCAAUUUGUUUGACUUCAUUUCCAGGUUGCUGCAUUAGGCUCAGUAAAAUGCCCAUCUCUAACAUUCUUGUCCCUUCUCUCUUUAUUCUUAUUAGGUUUCAGAGAACAAGGCGAGGGAAUUACAUUAGUGUAUCUUAAGUUAAAAGCUCUUUGCUCUUUGACCAAGUGUUUCAGUGUUAUUGGGUUAAUCUGAUUUUUGCUGUCUUCAUGGAGAUGCUAUCGCAGGGUAUAGGUAGUGGCUGGUAACCAAAGCAGUCCUGCACAGACACCAUCCAGAUGGGAUCAGUUUACGGUAAUUUGGUUUCAGAAUACAUUACCAGAAGAGGCUCCUGGCCGAGAACGGCCACCCCGCUAAGAGCUAGGAGUCUGUGGUCGCUGUGGCCACUGCAGACAGCCAGCUCCAGCCGGCCCAGGGCUUCGUUGUCCAAUUCAUUAGGGCGAUUACUCAGUCCACUGGCCACACUGGAGCCCUCACAUUUCUGGCUGCUGAAUAGAAUGGCUGUUGAUGACCGGCACCUUCCCUCCAGCUGCGGGUCCUACAUCAAGACGGAGCCGUCCAGCCCCUCCUCAGUCAUCGACACGGUCAGCCACCACAGCCCAAGCGGCAACUCGGACGCCAGCGGCGGCUAUGUCAGCGCCAUGAACAGCCACUCCAACGGCCUGGACUCUCCGCCCAUGUUUACGCCCGGUGGGCUGGGCGCCGGCCCCUGCCGCAAGCGCUAUGACGACUGCUCCAGCACCAUCAUGGAGGACUCACCCAUUAAGUGCGAAUACAUGUUGAACUCCAUCCCCAAGAGGCUGUGCCUGGUCUGUGGAGAUAUAGCCUCUGGGUAUCACUAUGGCGUGGCCUCUUGUGAGGCCUGCAAAGCCUUCUUUAAAAGGACAAUACAAGGCAACAUAGAAUACAGCUGUCCCGCCACAAACGAGUGUGAGAUCACAAAACGGAGACGCAAGUCAUGUCAAGCCUGCCGCUUUAUGAAGUGUCUCAAAGUGGGGAUGCUCAAGGAAGGUGUGCGUCUGGACCGUGUGCGAGGGGGAAGACAGAAGUACAAGAGGAGGAUGGAUGCAGAGAACACAGCGUACCUGGGCCUCACACUCCCCCCGCCUGCCAAAAAACCCCUCACAAAGAUAGUGUCCCACCUGCUGGUGGCCGAGCCAGAGAAGAUCUAUGCCAUGCCUGACCCCACCAUGCCUGAGAGUGACAUCAAGGCCCUCACCACGCUGUGUGACCUGGCUGACCGGGAGCUGGUUGUCAUCAUUGGCUGGGCAAAGCAUAUCCCAGGCUUCUCCACGCUGUCGCUGGGAGACCAGAUGAGUCUACUGCAGAGCGCCUGGAUGGAGAUCCUGAUCCUGAGCAUCGUGUUCCGCUCGCUGCCCUACGAGGACGAGCUGGUGUAUGCAGAGGACUACAUCAUGGACGAAGAACACUCGCGGCUCACGGGCCUGCUCGACCUCUACGUGUCCAUCCUGCAGCUCGUACGCAAGUACAAGAAGCUGAAGGUGGAGAAGGAGGAGUUUGUCACCCUCAAGGCCAUCGCUCUCGCCAACUCAGACUCCAUGCAUAUAGAGGACGUGGAGGCAGUGCAGAAGCUCCAGGAUGCGCUCCAUGAGGCCCUGCAGGACUAUGAGAGCAGCCAGCAUCAGGAGGACCCCCGGCGGGCAGGCAAGCUGCUCAUGACCCUGCCCCUGCUGCGUCAGACUGCCACCAAGGCCGUGCAGCACUUUUACAGCAUCAAGGUUCAGGGCAAGGUGCCCAUGCACAAACUCUUCCUGGAGAUGCUGGAAGCCAAGGUCUGAUGGAGGAGCAGGUGAUGCAGACAGAAGGACAUGGAGAGAGGGGACUCAGGACAGGAGAGGAACACCCUGCUGACUGUGACAGGAGACUGUGACCGACCUGUGACUGUGACUGACCUCUCUCGCGCUUUGCCCCCCCCCCCCCCCCUCCAACCCAAGACAUUUAAAAAAAAAUACAAAAAAAUAAAGAAGAACAAAUGCAAAACUUGGUUAAAAGUAUAAAUGUAAAAUGAUGCAGAUUAAUUUAAAAUAUAUUAGAAAUACUAUGUACAGUAAUAAUUUUGUUUUGUUUAUGGUCUGUGGUCAUACUGUAUGUGAAGGAUCUCCCCCUCUCUAUAUCUUCAGAAGGAAUAAUUGCAGGCUCUUAAUUAACAUGGUUUUAUUUCUAGUCAGAAUAUACAGUUGAGUCAACCACUAUGACUCACUUGUUAGACAGUUGUUUCACCUCCUGGACUUGACCAGGACAUGUAUAUAUUUAUUAAUAAUGAUUGACUGAGUGAACAGUUAUGUCUGGUGAAGCCGACGGCCAUUUUCUCUCUUUCUCCUUUUUUGGAAAAAAAAUGAAAAGAAAGAAAGAACAGAAAGUGUUACCUAAAUGUGAGCUCUACUGAUCUAAAUGUCCUUGAAUAUACCUCUUCAGAGCAGUGAGCUGUGUGAUGUGGAUUGGUCUCAGACAGGAAGAAGAUAAACUGGUCACAUGACAUGUUUAACCAAACUAGCAUAGCCAGGUAGUCAGUCGUCUUAUUCUGUAGUAACUCAGCAAUAAAGGGAGCCGUGCCGUGGACAAGUCAUGUUAAACCUCCUAUAUCAUCAGCUUCACUACGCUGCUCUGUCUGUCUGUCUGUCUGUCUGUCUGUCUGUCGCUAGAAGACCAUGCCCUCCCAUUUGUGUGUGAGUGUGAGUGUGUGUCCUGGCAAUGGACACACCACUCACCUGUUGCACUGUAGCGUUUCUCCUCUGUAAACCCCACAUUUGGUGAUUGUUCAAGCCAAUGGAAAUUGCCUCUUGGCAACUGAGUGAAUGACCUCAUCUGGGCAGGGUGAAAGAUGAUGAGUGGGUUUGGGGCGGGGGUAUCAAAGGAUUACUGCCGAGUGGCAGAAGUCCAGAAGAUUCCAUGUUCAAACAAUCAGAGGCCCAUGUGUCAAAUGCUCUAUUUUGGGUCCUUUAAGGCUGUGGCAGAGUCCUCCCACACAGGGAGCAAGGUGUCCAGCAUCUGCUGCCUGUCUUUUUAUAGCUGGGACUGUCUUUAUGGAGCUACAGCCAAACUGAGGUGAAUGGCAGGUGCAGUGAUGUGUUGGUAGCUAGAGCUUCACGCUGACUGGGGGUAUUUUUAACCCAGAAGGAGGUUAUUGCUGUAGCUGCCUGCCUGCUAUCUACUGUUCAGCUCUGCCUCCCUCCAGGAGUACAGUAGACACGUGGAACGCUGCUUGACCCCAUGUUGACACAGUAGCUGUGUUGUAACACCUCUCAACAGACCAGGAGACAGACAGGCAUCCUUAAAGACAGCAAAUCGCUCCCCAAGGUGCUCCUCUUGUGAGAAGCCAUGCAGGCUAUAAAGUGUCAGCAUGUUUCAAAGGGUAGCACCAGUCCCAUGGUGUGUCUGAACAAGGUGUGAUCUCGGUGGGAAAGUGACGAGAGGGCCUCCAUGCUCCCAGUGUGUAGGUAGGUCGACCUCCAUGGUGCAUGCUGGGCCCUGUAGUUCAGUACUGUAGACUCAUGCUGUUCUUGUUCUGCAUGGGAGAGAAUGUGAUGGGAGGGGGAUGAUUAUACUACUGACGUGGUUAAUGUGAUGUGAUACAUGUUGGUGCUGUCACAAUAUGAAACUGUGAUCAAAGGAAUCCCUGACAUUGUAGACGGGAUGGUUGCUACUCUGCUUGUGAUAUCAUUGACCAGUGUUAAUCCUGCAGCACCCUAUUUUACUGCAGCCUGAUUGGUCACUUAAUGGAGGAUGACUACACACCCCAACACCUAAUAAUCCCAAUUUGAACUAGCCGCUGUCUACUUAACAGGCUCCACUUUAGGGGGUGACCAUGUAACUUAAACUAUUUUACUGUUGUGCAAUACAACGGGGACCAAUUCUGACUGAAACCAUGCUGUAAGCAUGCUUUUACCAAGAUUUUGGACAAUUGGAUUAAUAUUUCAAUAUUAUUACAAAUUAUUCUUAUCAAAAAUAACUAUCAGAACUACAUUUUCAUUGCUCUACUGUAAAAUACAAGCGUUUGUAUGGACAAG